UCGCCGGGCUGCCGGCCGCCGAGCGUGUUCGCCCCGAGAGCCGAGCCCCUGAGAGCGACGGGCUGCCCGCCUCGCCCCGCCGCCACGGCCAGCCCCGCGCCCAGGCCGGGUUGAGCCAGGGGCUCGGGUCGGCUGGGGGCCGUCGCUGGCUCCCGCGCUGUCCGCUGCCCCCCUUGGUCCCGCCGCGGGAGCCUCAGACCUGGGCACCACCGCCGAGGUCCAGGCACGCGAAGAAGCCCCGCCCCUCCGCGGUGGAUCUGUGGGGACACAUCUCACUUUCAUCAACACUGCUGAAAGAAGAAGAAACAAUGCCAGUGUUAUCCCCUGAAAUCAAAUUUGAUACUUCUAAUGUCACCAGAAAUUCCCUUGACUGUUUUCUGUUUGAGAGUAGUUGGAGGAAAGCAGUUUUGGAAACACAAAAAAUGAAGAAAGCAUUUGGUCUAGAAGAGCUCAAAGAAUGUGUCAAAAUGCCAUAUUUACCAGGACUGCAAAGUUGCCAAAAAAGUGUAAGUUCAAGUCCACUGGAAGUUCAUCCAAGACUGCUGCAUACUAAUACCGAGAUGCCUCCAGUCAGCCCUUCUGGUGACAACCUGUCGAGUUGCCUGCAAGUAUUUUAUUCUCCUCUGCAUAUUGCACAGUGUCCUGUGAGGGAACAGCCAUGGCAAAGCAGGACAAGGAAGACUAAGGAGACAUGCACUGUAGUACCAAUUCAGGAGAAACCAAAGGGAUUUAUAAGGCAUUCUAAUUCUUCAAUCAAUUUUGGUUCUGGUUUCAGCGAUCCUCUUGCUGGAGCACCAUCUAAAUUCUUACAGAGACUUUCCAAAAUGGCCAUAUUGGAGUAUGAUACCAUUCGUCAAGAAACUACUAGAAGACCAAAAAAGGGCAAGAAACGAGACCUGCGAGACUGCUGAUAAAUAUCACGUGGUAUGAUGCUUUCUUCACUGAUAUGUAGGGUUUAUAUAUUUUUCCCUUCUUUUUCUUUUUUUGAUAUGUGAUAUGAUGUGCAAUGAUUUACAUAAAAAUGGAAAUGUAAAUAGGAAAUAAAUGUUUUAUGUAAUAUACAGAAUUGUUUGUAUUUCAUUAACAACUACAAAAAAGAAAUUUAAGUUAUGGUCUAUAGGAACACAGCAUAGGAGAAAUUACAUUCCACGAACUUCAUGCACAUUGAUUGUGUCCUUUGAUUUAAUUUGAUACAUGUAUUUUGAGUGCCUAUCUGCACAGUAAAUGACUUUGCAGGGAAUUUCAGAAAGAUUCAAGACAGAGUGAAUCAUUAUUGGGGUUAGAAGAUGCCCAAUACAAACCCCUCCUUUUCCCUACUGGAGUUUAAAAACAGUUGUGAGAUAAGUAUUCAAGCAGAUGAAAAUAUUGGCUUUAUUUGCCAGUAAAACCUGGAAGGAAAAUCCUGUCUUAGAUGUGUGGCAACAGAGGGCCUCCUAAUCCUGAACUUCAGAAUUAGACAAAGGUACAUGCUCGGGCAUUGCUGACAAGCUCACCCUCCACAUCAGAGAUGGAGACUUGCUCCCUCUCGUUGGGGAGGAGGAGGGAAGGUGUAGGUCAAGAGGAGAACCCCUCCUUCAGAAAGCCUUGGGGAGUGGGGGACAAGCGUCAUCAAUACACCUCCCUGAGAAACGGCGAGAAGUCAAGGAUACGAAUGACUAAUCCAGUGAAGAGCGGGAUACAGGCCAUAGGAGAACCACAGAGUGUUACCGAGGCUCAAAAAUGGGGCAGUAACAUCCAGCUGGGUGGUCAGAAAAAGCUUCAUGGAAGAUACAGUGUUUGAAAUGGACCUUAAAGACAGGAAAGAGGUAGGGAGAUCUUCUACAAAGAUUGAAUAACAUAAGCAAAGACAGUUGUGCGUUUGGGAAUGAUGCAUUUGCUGGAGCACUAGGUAGUAUAAGGCAAGUGUCAUAAAUUCAUGUGCUUACAAGCACUGAGCCAGUACCAGAUUGAGUGAUACAGAACCAAUCAGAUGAAGGCUCUGGUGAGCUGGGGCAUGUUUCUCCGUGCUAUUGCAUUUAAAAGGGCACUCAUUGGCCAGCUUUGUGUCAUAUGGCAACGUAGCCCCAAAGUUGCAAGAAUGUGUAAAUGUUAGCAAUUAAUUGAAAUAAGCAACUAACAUUCACAAUUUAUAAACCAUGUGUGGGUAAAAGAAAAUUUCACGUGCAAACUAGAUCUGCCUUUGUGGGGCCAUUCAUUUAUGCAACCUCGGGGUCAAAAGAAUCGAGGGCGAUAGGGUUCAAAAGAUAACUGGAUGAUACCUGGCAGGGAAUCUUAGAUGCCAAGCAUGAGUUUAUAUUUCCUCUGUUUCACAAUGGGCGAUUUUAAGAAUGAAGGUAAAUUACUGCUUUUGUGAUUUAGGAAGAUGCAUCCAGGUAUAAUGUGUAGGCCAGAUUGUAAUGGGAAGGGGCUGGAGGUAGGGAAAGUAUUUAGGAGAUUGUUACAAAAAUCGAGGUAAGACUCUCUCAGUAGAAAGGUAGAAAUGGGAAUGGGAAGGAGAGACAAGAUAAUUAAGACGUCACGGUGAAGGACUUAUGAUUAACUGAUUAGACAUAGGGUAACAGUAGAGGAAGACUCCAAACCAUCUCAUUUCUAAUUUUAGACAUAAGAUUCUCAGAAGGAGGUCCCAAUUUGGGGGGAAUAAGAUGAUGAAUGCAGCUUCGGGUAUAUUCAGUGUAGGGUGCCAUCAGGACAGAGAUGCCAAACAGGUAGUUGGAAGCAGGUAUGUAGUUCUGGAAAAAGAUACUGACUAGAAUUAGAACUUGGAGAAACAUUUGCAUAGCGUAGGCUGUUUUCUCCAAUAAAAAGAAGUAGAGUGAGAAGAGAGCCCAAAUUCAUAAGGGAUGGGAGGAAAUAGGAAGAAAGCA